CACACCAUCCCCUGAGUCAGCCCCUGCCUAGCCUGGCGGCUAGGGGCGGGGUCACUGAUGCAGAUAACAGUGCCUCCUUAAAGCCCCCACAAAGGGCAGCUGCAGCCAGACACUGCUACCCUCACCAUGAGUCCCUGGCGGUCCCUGGUCCUGGUGCUCCUGGUGCUGGGCUGUUGCUCUGCCGCCCCCAGACCACGCCAGCCCACCACUGUGGUUUUCCCAGGAGACCUGCGAACGACUCUCACCAACAAGCAGCUGGCAGAUGAGUAUCUGUUCCGCUAUGGCUACACUCCAGUCGCCGAGUUGAGCAGCGACAAGCAGUCCCUGAGUUCGACGCUGAGGCUUCUCCAGAAGCGCCUGUCUCUGCCGGAGACUGGUGAGCUGGACAGCACCACCCUGGAGGCUAUGCGUGCCCCGCGCUGUGGCGUCCCAGACCUGGGCAAAUUCCUGACCUUUGAGGGCGACCUCAAGUGGCAGCACCAAAACAUCACGUACUGGAUCCAAAACUACUCGGAAGAUUUGCCGCGGGACGUGAUCGAUGACGCCUUCGCCCGUGCCUUCGCGGUCUGGAGCGCGGUGACGCCGCUCACCUUCACUCGCGUGUACGGGCUGGAAGCCGACAUCGUCAUCCAGUUUGGGGUUAGGGAGCACGGAGAUGGAUACCCCUUCGACGGGAAGCACGGGCUCCUGGCACACGCCUUUCCUCCUGGCCAGGGCAUUCAGGGAGACGCCCACUUCGACGAUGAAGAGUUGUGGUCUCUGGGCAAGGGCAUCGUGGUUCGGACCUUCUUUGGAAAUGCGGAUGGCGCUCCCUGCCACUUUCCUUUCACCUUCGAAGGCCAAUCCUACUCCGCCUGCACCACGGACGGCCGCUCCGACGACUUGCCCUGGUGUAGCACCACUGCCGACUUUGACACUGACCGUCAGUUCGGCUUCUGCCCCAGCGAGAGACUCUACACCGAACACGGCAAUUCGGAGGGCAAGCCCUGCGUGUUUCCUUUCACAUUCGAGGGCCGCUCCUACUCCUCCUGCACCACCGCUGGUCGCUCAGACGGCUUCCGCUGGUGCGCCACCACAGCCAACUACGACCAGGACAAGCUUUAUGGCUUCUGCCCGACCCGAGUGGACUCUACGGUGACCGGGGGCAACUCGGCCGGGGAGCCGUGCGUCUUCCCCUUCGUCUUCCUGGGCAAGGAGUACUCGACCUGUACCAGGGAGGGCCGCGACGACGGGCACCUCUGGUGCGCCACCACAUCGAAUUUCGACAACGACAAGAAGUGGGGUUUCUGCCCAGACCAAGGUUACAGCCUGUUCCUCGUGGCUGCGCACGAGUUCGGCCACGCACUGGGCUUGGAUCACUCGUCCGUGCCAGAAGCUCUCAUGUACCCCAUGUACAGCUACACCGAGAAGGAACCCCUGCAUGAGGACGACGUGAAGGGCAUCCAGUAUCUGUAUGGUUCUCGCCCUAAACCUGAACCUCGGCCUCCAACUACUGCACCUGAAACCCAGCCCACCGCGCCCCCAACGAUCUGCACCACUGGCCCUCCCACUGCCCGCCCCUCAGAGAGCCCCACUGCGGGCCCCACAGGCCCCCCUUCAGCUGGUCCUACAGGUCCCCCCACGGCCCGCCCCACGGGUCCCCCCACGGCUGGCCCUUCUGCGGCCCCUACAGGGUCUUUUUAUCCAGAGGAUAAUGUCUGCAACGUGAACAUCUUCGAUGCCAUCGCAGAGAUCGGGAAUACCCUGCAUUUCUUCAAGGAUGGGAAGUACUGGCGAUUCUCUGAGGCUCAGGGACGCCGGGUGCAGGGCCCCUUCCUUAUCAGGGACACGUGGUCUGAGCUACCCUCCAAACUGGAUUCCGCCUUUCAGGAUCCGCUCACCAAGAAGAUUUUCUUCUUCUCUGGGCUCCAAGUGUGGGUCUACACAGGAGCGUCGGUACUAGGCCCGAGGCGUCUGGACAAGCUGGGCUUCGGCCGGGAGGUGACCCAAGUCACCGGGGCCCUCCCGCGCGGCGGGGGUAAGGUGCUGCUGUUCAGCGGACAGAACUUCUGGAGGUUUGACGUGAAGACGCAGAUGGUAGAUCCCAAGAGUGCCAGCCCUGUGGACCAGAUGUUCCCCGGGGUGCCCUUGAACACGCACGACAUCUUCCAGUACCGAGACAAAGCUUACUUCUGCCAGGACCGCUUCUACUGGCGCGUGACUUUCCAGAAUGAGGUGAACCAGGUGGACGAAGUGGGCUACGUGACCUUUGAUGUCCUGAAGUGCCCCGAGAAUUGAGGCUCCCCAUUCUGCUUCAGCACUGCAGUGUGGGUCCCCACGGGGCCCAUCCCGAUGGAGAAGGAGCCAGUUUGCUGGCUACAAACUGGUGGGUCUGUUCUGAAAGACUAAGGAUGAGUGGAGGUGGGCUGGGCCCUCUUGUUCCACCAUCCUUUUUUGUUGGAAUGUGUUUAAUA